CAUCUCCGAAAGCCUAUAACGGUGUUCCCAAUCAAAGACAGCCAACUUUACUAAUACUUCCCGAACCUUGGUCGGUAUGUGCGACAGAUAGUUGCGUUUACGAGCAGGUUCUUAAAGAAAGUUUGCUGUUGACUGCUUUGCUACGUUGUAGUUAUAAACGUAUGUAGCUAUUCCCUCGCAUAACAGCUUGGCAUUGGAGAGCUUUCCUGGAGUGGCAUCGUCAGUCGGACAACUCUUGGACUCGCCACCGACCUUGCCAAGGCAAUAGAAAGCUCCUGAAGGCAUCGCUAGCACGUUGCCCGGAGUCUACUGCCAUACCGUCUGUCGAAUUCCCAGGAAUGGCGCUAGCAAUGCAAGGACCUUCCCGCGAAAGGCCGCUUGAGGAGGUGUUCGCAUGUGUGCUUCCAAGUUUGCCAUACGCGGACCGCGCCACGCUUCGCAGCGUGUGUACACCCCUUCGCAAUUUAACGAACGGCGCGUGCUCACAGUUGACGCUUACAACACCAGCGUUUCAUAACUUGGCAACGUUGCAGCUCUUGAAACGCUUUCCGCGCGUCAAUUCUGUGGAGUUGAUGCUUAGCAAUCCGCAGGAGGCAAAGGCGACAACGAUGUUCCUCUUGACAUCCCAGCCUGACCAGGCCGCACAGCUCGCGCGACUAACGUUAGGCGAGAAUCGUAUCGCUGCGCAACAGUAUCACCAACAGCAAUCACAGGGCGGCGGCUAUGGUGGUGGCUACGGUCAGCCUGAGUCGCGUUUCCAGCAAUAUGGCUACAGCAGUGGCGCUAAGACAAGUCCUCAAACUUUCGACUUCACGGAGCCCAUACUGGCGUCUGUAUGCAGCUGCUUGCGUUUAAAGGCCAUAAGCAUCGACAAAAACGCGUUGCUUGAGACGGAGGCAGCGGCGCUUGCACGUCUGACCGGCCUCCAGGAGUUGCGUCUGGCCACCAACUCCUCCGCACAGCCCCUGCGGCGCCCGCUGCUGCAGCUCAUGCUCAAUAGCAUGACACGGCUGCGGGUGCUAAAGCUGUCGUACAUCCGAGACACCACAGCGGACAUGGUCCUCAGCCUGCCGCGCCUGACCCACCUCACCAAGCUCUCCUUCCAGUACGCCAACUGGGGCGAGUCUGGCGCCGGUGAACGCGUCAUGGCCGCGCUCGCAAAGCAUCAAAAGCAGCUCGCGGAUCUGCAGUUGUACGAAUGCUGCGUGAACGACGACAUGCUGCGUCUCAUCAUGGGCAUUACCUCCCUGCGUCGGCUGCACAUUCAAGACGAGGACGCUGCUGAGGAGAGCUGCCCCACGAACAAGGGCUUGGCCCGCAUCACCCAGCUGCGGCGACUGGAGCAGCUGGAGCUGUUUGGCGAGGAGCUGCAGUUGGAUGGAGAGCUGCUGGGGCGGCUGGCGCAGCUGCCGGCUCUGCGGCACCUGGCCAUGGCGGGGCUGGACUCGCUGCAGGCGGAUGACGUGGACUCGCCCGCGGCGUUUGAGGCGAUGAAGGAUUUGGAUGCGGAUGUGGAGGGGAUGGAGCUGUCGAGCAGCAUGGGUGACGAGGAGACUGAGGAGGACAGCUUCAGUGUGUCGGUGGGUGGUGGCGACGAGGCGACGUCUCGACCUCAGCCCUCCCAUCCUUCCCCUCAUGGCGGCCGCAGCAAUGCAGCAGCCCCGCGGGAUGGCAGCAGCAUGGCGGCCGCGUCGUGCCCCGAUUUAGGUCGCGGGCAGCAGUCGCGGCCCUCGCACCAACGACCGCAGGCCAGCGCUGGCGAAGGCAGCGCAGUAGCUGGUGGCGCACUCAAGCCCCAGCUUGAAGGGUGUUCCCAUGUGGGUCACCAGCAGCAGCGCUUUGGUCAGCAUACACCGGGUUGGAAGGCACCUCGCGCGCUCACACUUACGACGCAACCGGCCCCGACAGCCGCUGCUGCUGGUGGCGCCCCGGUUGCUCCCUCGCCUGCGCCGCUACAGGUCCUUCGGCGCCUGCAAACACUCCGCCUGUACGGACCCAGUAGCCUUUGCAUGCUACCUCCGCCGCUGGCACUGCUGCUGCCUCAGCCGCAGCUGCGGCACCUGAAGCUUUCCGCCUGCGCCUCGCAUGCAAACCUGCGCGCGUUGUCGCAGCAGUCCGGUCUGCACAAGCUCAUCGUGUCUCACACCAGUGUCCCGCAGCUCUACCCGCCUCCCGGCACAGCCGUACCCGCUCUGGAACCAUCCUCGGCAGCAGCAGCGGGCCCCGGUGCUGCCGCUGCCACCCUGCCGCCACCGGGCGCCAGCAUCCUGGGCUUUCACUCGGAGGUGGUGGUGGGCUUAGCCUCGCUGCAUGUGCUGCGGAUCAAGGACUUGCCGGGCCUUAUGGACUGCCACCUGUGUGACCUGGCGUUGGCGCUGUCCAGGCUGCCGAACCUGACAGAGCUGAAGCUGCGGGCUCUGGGGAUGGUUUCGGAUGGCGGCGUGGCGGCGCUUGCGAGCGUUACGAAGCUGCGCCGGCUGAAGCUGUACGAGCUAGGCGACGGAGUGACUGAGGCGGGUGUGGCGCACCUGGCCGCCUGCCUGCCGCUACUUGAGGAGCUCAAGGUGAAGGACUGCAGGCGGGUGGGGCCCUCGUUGCGCGGCACCCUCAUGGCAUUCCGCUCGGCGGCGGCAACCGCAGCAGCGCAGCAGCAGCAGCCGUCACUGCAGCAGCAACAGCAGCCGGCGAUACCGAUUGUGCGACAUGGCCAGAAGGAGUGUGAAGGAGGUCGCAAGCCACCUGCUUGAGAAGGGAGAUGCCUAUAGCUGCAGCAGUUGAAGCAGGUGUAGUAGGUCUGCGUAGUAGUUUUAGUGGGUCUGUGUGUAUUGCUGUUUGCUGUGGGCGACUUGUGCCCUUCUCAUGGGGUAUUGGCAUUGGCAUGCUGCGGGCGUGGGUGUUCUAAAAACGUAGGUGUGGGUUAGGAGCAUGGUUGCACCGAGCUUCAUCCGAUGAAUAGGCGAUAGGCUCCGCGUAGGGAUGGCGGUAAGGCCUGAUUUUCCCGACGCCUGGCCGCGUUGUGGCGACAUUGGGGGAUAGCAUGCAUAUACGGGCACACGCUUUUGUGUAGCUGAGAGGGAUGGUCGCUGUGCGCUGGGAGUGGAAAACAGGGUAGGUUAUUGGGCAAGCCAACGCAACGCAUUUAGAGUAAGAAACUAAUAAUCGAUAUUUAUACUGGUAUCCAAAAGCAGUGAACGCACUUGUUUUCCGUUUUCCAACAGUUUGUGGUAAUGUGGGGAUUUGCAGCAGCUAAUUUCCUUCAUGCAUGGGGGUUGUGGCAGCUUCAGUUCUCAGGGCGCAUGUGGGAAGGGCGACGCUGUUACGGGCGGUACGAUGUAGGAAGCGAUGAAAGCGGACCGCCCCUCAUUUGGGGCCUGUACCCCCGACAUGCAUGCAGCGUAAUUGCGCAAAGGAGAGGCCCCUUGCUUUCGACGUGACGUGGGGCCGCCCUCAGUGGCGUAACAGUUAGCCAUGUUACAACAUGUUUGCGACUGUAUUACGGUGGGUAGGAAGGUUCACAAGUUCAAGAAUUCAUACCGGUAUUGUUUUUUCUCUAUCGUUUGGCGUUCCUGGAGGCGACUCCCUGGGUGUUGAAUCAGCUGGGUGUGUACGUAUCGUUUGUUUCGGGAUGUGCCUUCCAGACGUUACACGGACUUCACCUUCCCCCUAUUGCUUGAGGAGCAAUGCUGCUACCAUACUGGGACGUUUGCGUGGUAUCUCCUUGUUUGAAUGCAGUGCGACGUGCCAGGCUUGGGUGUUUCUUUCAUAGGGGUUAAGAUAUGGCUGAGACUUUGCAAAGGACGUCUGGUUGUCCGUCAGUGGUUAUGGUAUAAUAUGUGGUGUAACCAAACCUGUUAUCGUUACUUGCUUAUUGCCUGAGUUCUGAUGUCUACAUAGCUAUUCUUGCUAGCUAUGCUUCAAUACCCUCUUCACGUAGUAUGUUGCUGGACGCUGUUUCGCCUCCGUGCUUCGUAGUCAGUAUGAGGACGCUGUAACCGUGAUAUCUAUCCUUGUCAUGUUUCAGCGCCCCAUUGCGAAUUACGGCGAAGGACAGAAAACGUUUGCUGGG